AUGGCUGGUUCUUCGUUGAGAAGUUUCAUCAAAGAUGUACGUAGUGCCAAAACUGUGGCCGAAGAAAGAGCGAUUAUCACCAAGGCUUCUGCAAAGAUCAGAACCAAGUUAAGAGACGACCAUUUGCCGCAAGAGAAACGCAGAAAUAACAUUCAGAAGCUGUUGUACCUCUAUGUUUUAGGUGAGAAAACACAUUUUGGCCAAGUUGAGUGUAUCAAUCUCAUCGCGUCUGAUGAUUUCGCUGACAAGCGUUUGGGUUAUUUAGCAGCCACUUUGCUGCUGGAUGGGACGCAGGACUUACUGACACUGUUGACCAAUCUACUAAAUAAUGACUUGAGCCAUCCCAAUAGAUACGUCGUGUCCCUGGCAUUGACUACCUUGGGAUUCCUAAGCUCUUCGGAGCUCGCACGUGACCUAUACCCGGACGUUGAGAAUAUACUGAACAGGUCCAAAGACCCAUUCCUGGUCAAGAAGGCUUUGCAGUGUGUUGCCAAACUCAUCUUGAAGGAUGCUACCUUGUUGGAAGUUUUCCAACCCCUGUACUUGGUCUCACUUUUACAAAAUCGUUCUAUUUGCACUCAUGGCGUUCUGUUGAGUAUUACCAAGGUAUUGCAAUCAAUACUGUCUAGUUACCCACAGUAUCAAAACAGCAUCAAACAGGAAGACUCGACGGCCGAUGUCAGCGGGAUUGUCACCGAGUUGGUUCCUAUGAUGCCCGAAUUACUCACCAUUUUGCAAAACUUGAAUACUAAAAAUUUCGAGCCAGAGUUCGAUAUCCAGGGUACUAGUGAUCCCUUCUUACAAUGCGAACUGCUCUGCACGUUGAGAAUGUUCUUUCAGGUGUGUACCAGCAUUUCGGUUUCCAGGAUAGAUCAAUACGUCAAUAAGUUUGGAGACCUCCUUACACAGAUUGCCACCAACACUGAUGGCAGCAAAAACUGUGGUCAGGCUAUAUUGUAUGAGACUGUGAGAACUAUAUUUUCCCUGAACAUGGAACAACCUUUGAGGGUGCUUGGGAUAAACAUUUUGGGUAAGUUUCUCUCUGGUAAGGACAAUAACAGCAAAUACGUUGGUUUAAACACUUUACUUCAUGUGGUCCCACAAGAGCCAGCGGCUGUACAAAGACAUAGAAAAUUUAUUUCACGUUGUUUGCGUGAUCCUGAUACCUCUAUCAGGAAAAGAGCUUUGGAGUUGAGUUUUGCUAUCCUAGAUGAAGCAAAUAUUAAAGAGCUGGUUGAAGAAUUGAUUGAGUUCCUGAAAAAAGCCUCUGAAGACGAUAAGAGUUUAAUCGUUUAUACGGUCGAAAAUCUCGUGACAGCAUUCAACGUUAACCAGAGCGUCGAUCAGAAUUGGAAGUUGGAGACUCUUGUCACAGUUCUCAAGUUGGUGGGUCCUUUCAUCACUGCUGAGCCUGUUAGCGAUAUUCUCAUUUCCAUCAACAAUGCUACAGAUUCGCGGCAUAGGAAUGAAGUGGUGCGGGACAUGCUCAAGAUUUCGCUAGAUAAGUCGAGGCAGGACGAAGUAACGGAAGACAACGUGGGAUGGAGGAUAGCUACAAUAUGGUGUAUCGGAGAAUACGGUGGGGCAGUACUACAAGGUGGUCAGGAUAAAGUAGUUUCGGAGAGCUCUUUAUCAGAAUAUCUAGUUCAGCAACAGAAAUUGUGCGAUAAGAGUGAAAAUAAAAUUCUGCACUACAUAUUAACGGCAACUUUGAAACUUUCAACUCAUAUAAACGAUCCCGGCUGCAUAGAGGCUCUGAGGCAAAUUGUUGUCUCUCACACAAAGGAUGCUGAUUUGAUGAUUCAAACAAAGAGCGUUCAGUAUGAAGUAAUCUUCAGACAACCUUCAUCUGUAAAGAAAGUCAUUUGUGAAGCGAUGCCCAAAUUUGAGAAGAAGGUGGAACCUGAAGUUCCAAAAAAUCUCGUAACUCUAAGCCGCACAAAAUCCGCGCAACAAGAGCCUCCUGAUGUGCUCGAUCUCUUAGGUGAUGAUGCGGGAACGAGUUCUGGGCCGGCAAAAAGCGCUGACUCCCAACCACAAUCCUCACCUGCCGAUCUUCUAGCUGACAUCUUUGGGACUGAUGGCAAUGGCAUUAUUGACGCCACUUCAAACAAAAUCAAUGCCCCACAGACUUUACAGAUACCACCCGAAAGUGUCAAGGUUCAUGAAAGUGCAUCAGUGGAUUGCUUCGUGAGAUUGGUAUCAUGCAGCAUGGGCAUAGCACAACUGGAACUAUAUCUGAAGUCUAAGGAGAGCAUUCAAAACUUCCAAACAUUCUGUGCCGUUCCAAAAACCCAAAAGUUGACGCUUAGUCAAAUUCAUCCCAGCAAUUCGCUAGAGGCAGGCCAAGUGGCAAGGCAAAAUCUCAAGAUUACUGGCUCUGGCAAACUAAAAUUGAGAAUCAAGCUAGACUUUAUGAGACACGGAACAAACGAUAACCAGCAAUUCGAUCACAAAUUUGAUCAAACUUUAUAA